CUGCAACUAAGAAGCCAGCAUGUAAGGCAUUUCGAUUGCUCCCCACGUGACAACUCUGUCAUUUUGUCUAAUUACCACGGUAGGUGGGUAGGGUAAGGCGCCUACCGCGCUACGACCUACGUAAUGCUCACGUGACAGCGUACGCGCUGGGCUUGUCUCUGGGUGUCGAAAUUUUCCCGACGCGCUUGACAACACGUGACGACACCGUCCUGACAUGAACUUCGGCGACGGACUGGACCAACAUAUCGAACCAUAAUUCGCAUAUCGUGGGCUGUCAUUGGCUAUAUCGAGAAUCUUUGUUAACUCAAGCCUAUUUCUCGGUGGCCUUGUGUCAACCCCCAAGGGUCAGAGCCUCAUGUCCCUGGCUACACUGCGUUGUGUGCUCGCGUCAUGACGGCCUUGGCCCGGCUACUGUCCAUAGGCCGACAUCAUGCUACGGUCAGCAUAAAACAUAGGCCCCUAGCUGCCAAAUGUAGCAGCAUCGCCCACCAGAAUCACACCUAUUCAUCUCAGAAACUUGCCGGAAAGUCGGAUCUCGUCGCUCAAAUUCUUCACUCGAGUAGAAUUUUGCCCAGUGAGGCUGAACAUGUCGGUUUUUCCAAGGCAGGCGAGUGGUCUGGGCUUGGGGACUCCAAGGCUCCCAAUGAUGCAAAGUCACAACAUUCAGGCCAACUUGAUCACGUCGUCGCUUCCGAUGAAAAUGGAGAGACAGAAGCAGCCAACGUCACGCCAACGUGGAUGGAAAUGUGCGAAACAGCUGUUGUUGAAAGACAUGGGCAACAUAAUCCCCCAGCCGAUAAUCCCCCAGCCGAUAAUCCCCCAGCCGAAAAUCCAAAAGCCGCGCACAAAGAACAGAUCAAGCCUGGCAUCAUACGCGACCUCAACUACUUUGUGCCAGACCUAACGGGUUGUCAUCUAUCCGAACUGGCGACUCUGGAUUGUGCUGUCAUCGACAAAUAUAUCGAAUCGGUAUUGUAUGGAGUCUGUUUAUUUGCGCAGCUAGACUCUGUAGCAAAUUCUACGUACAAGGACCCGAAAGGAUGGCUCCAGAUCUCAUCCGAAACUCUCCAGCUCAAUCAAUCAGGUCAGGUAUUCCAAACGACCAUUCAGGCUCAUAUGCCCGAUGCAAGAGUUGUAGGGAUUGGACAUGGUGUAAAUGCCCUAGGCGCCACACGAGCUGCCUGGCUGGACAUUUUGAUCCAACCAGAGGCAUUUUGGCUGCUCAAAGUUAGGCACCUCGACCCCAACCUGGCUAUAACGGAUAUAACGGACCUGUGCGACAAACCCGACGAACGCGACAGAUAUGGCCCCUCUAUGAUGAAAAUCUAUGAUGUCGCAGCGGCAUGCGGGUCCGUUCCAACUGUUGACGCCAUGCCGGUGACCAUUUACAGUCCCCAUGAUCGAGAGUUGAUAAUGUGCUACAAGUUCAGCAUACAAGCCCAAGAUUUGGAUAUAGACGCGCAGGCUAUAGCCAGGGGUAUGCCUGCAGCCAUGAAGAAGGCGAAAGUGCUUUUCUUGGACAAGAUCGAGGCUCUGGACAAGAUGCAUCCUGCGGGCGCUGACGAAAGCCUGCCCUCCAUAAUCGGCCCACCCAAAAACGCCAACCAGUUUGUCAAAACAUUCCUGGAAACGCAUCGAAGCCAGCACAGUGGCCUUUACAGCCACGUUGAUGUAACCGUGGAACUCUGGCGCCCAUUCGGCAAUGAAGUCAAUUUACUGGCCGCCCGACUUCUGGGCAAUGGACUCCCUGUAGGCCCAACCGUCAUGGCUGCUGUUGACGCUCGGAAAAUCACGUCUCUGGCAUCUUACGCAGCAGCUCUUAGUCUUGCAGCCGCAAUACCAACCGCUGCUAGAGAGCCCAAGUCUGGGAAACCCUCUCAAGACAUGGUACCACUGUUGGAGAUGUCCCUCGAUUCAUCGUCGCUGGGAACCAUGACCGUUCCUCGGAGCAUCCGAUCACAGGUUGUACAGCGUCUGCCUGCCAGUGCUGUAGAGCACUUCCACAGCAAUAGGCCUGGCGCACGUCGAAGUUUAUGGAUGCAUCCACUCGCACGUUCGAGCUUGAAUAGACGCCUGGCUGCACGUUUAGAGGCAUACCAGGCCGAUCGCCAUCUGGAACACAUCAGAGCCCAGAGAGCAUCGCUACCCAUGAACAAGCACCGGAAACAGCUGCUCAACCUAGUUGAAGGUAGUCAUUUUUGUAUAGUGAUUGGCGCCACCGGCUCCGGCAAAAGUACACAAGUGCCGCAAAUAAUCCUCGAUGAUGCUAUCAAACAAGGGCGCGGGGCAGACACGCGGAUUCUGUGCCUGCAACCCCGUCGCGCUGCCGCCAUGUGGGUUGCCCAACGUGUAGCAUCGGAGAGAGGCGAACGAUUAGGCGAGUCUGUUGGAUUUCGCAUUCGGUUUGACGCCCGUCUUGCUAACCGUCAGGGUGGCACCGUGAGCUUCGUCACCCUCGGCAUUCUUUUGAAGCAAUUGCAAGAUGGAGUCCAAGAAACCUUGGACAUGUACUCUCACAUUGUGAUCGACGAAGUCCACGAGCGAUCGCUAGAACUAGAUUUGUUGUUGGUCGUUUUGAAGAAGGCCAUCGCUGAGCGGCUAGCCAAGGGGCAGAGCCUACCAAAGAUUAUCCUCAUGAGCGCCUCCAUCAGUAACCAGGAGCAGCUUCAAGAAUACCUUGCCGACAGUCUUCAUGAUGGCAAAGCACGGAGGCUACCCGCGCACCAAGCAUGCCCGAUCCUGUCGAUCCCAGGCCGCACAUUCCCAGUCUCAUCAAUUUAUCUCGACAGGCUUCUCCCGAUGAUCAGAGACAAAUACGGCGAGCAGCUUGAUCUUUGGCUGGAGGAUAAGCCGUUUAAAAGUGCGGCCAUCCAAUAUCUGGAGACUGAAACAUCUUCCGAAUGGGACAUAUCCGACGAGACCUUGGCUGAACGACAUGCUGCAUACGUCCCCAUUGAUUUAGUUGCAGCCACCAUUGCUCAUAUUGCCUCAUCCGCAAGUCCUGGUGACAUACUUGUUUUCCUCCCAGGCAUAAAAGAAAUUCGUUCAGUCAACGAUGUGCUGCGAGAUAGGCAGGGGUCUUUGGGUAUCGACUUCAAGGAUAUCAACUUCAACGACACCUCCAAGUUUAGGAUCCAUUUCCUGCACUCGGCUGUCUCAGCGGCCGAGCAGAACAAGAUUUUCCAGAAGGUCCCUUUGGGCUGUCGCCGCAUUAUCCUUGCCUCCAACAUCGCCGAAACCUCAGUAACAAUACCUGACGUAGUCCACGUGGUCGACGUUGGAAAGACCAGAGAUCGCAAGUAUGAUCGGUCGACACGCAUCACCGGCAUGUAUACGGGCUGGCAGACCAAAUCGAAGGCGAUGCAGCGACAGGGACGCGCAGGCCGCACACAGGAGGGUCAUUACUACGGCCUCUACUCGGAGCAACGACGCCAGAGCAUGAAAGACGACGCCUUGCCCGAGAUGCUGAAAUUGGAUUUGACCAACACGUGCCUGUCCGUGAAAGGCUUUGGCUUCCGAGACAGCGUUGCUGACUUCCUCGCCGCCGCGAUCAGCCCCCCGCCCCCUAGUGUCGUGCAAGACGCGGUCAACUCUCUCAAGGCCAUGGAUGCGCUGGCGGAAAACGAAGGAAUCACCAGCCUCGGCCAUCUCCUCCUUCGGAUCCCUCUGCACCCCUUGCUUGGAAAGAUGAUACUCCUGGGGGUGUUUUUCCGAUGCGUUGGGCCCAUGAUAGUAUUGUGUGCUCUCCACGGAGGAGGUUCGCUUUUCGAGGUUCCACCCGGCAGCCCCAGCGCAGCGAAGCGAGCUCACCAGCAGUUCCGCGUUGCAGACAGUGAUCACCUUAGCCAAAUGAAAGCCUUUAACCAUUUGCGGCAGCUGGAACAAAUAAGCCACCGCGAGGCCGUCGAUUUUGCUCGCAGCGAGCAUCUAAAUUUCGCGAAAUACGAGGAGGCGAAGCUGACCGCAGCGCAGAUUGAGCAGGUGCUCAUCAAUCACGGACUGGUCCCACCGAGGGAUGAGCUCGAGCAUCGCUUUUCCAGCCCUGGCGGCGUUGAGCUCAACGUCAACUCGGGCAAUGAACAGUUGUUGAAAGCCCUGCUGGUCAAGGGUCUCUACCCAAACGUGGCCGUCAAGGUAGCCCGCUCACCCACGCGGAUGUCGCUCAAAGCGGCGGCCGGCGGGAGCGGCCAUGUAUUGCUGGGGCAUGCCUCGGUCGUUCAACCCAUCACCAACCAUGAGCUCUUCCCCAAAAACUCCCUCUUCGUGUACAGCGAGCUGGUUCGGCAAGACUAUAUCAACUUGAUGUUCUUGACCAACGUGUCCCACCUCGAGAGCCCGCUGGUGCUGGCGCUGUUUGGCGGGUCCCUGCUCCGGCCCGAGCCGCACGAUGCCGUGGUGCAGCAGCCGCUGUCGACCGCGGACGGCGGCAGGUUUGGGUUCGCAUACAAGGUCGAGGACCCGGACCACAGCAACCCGCAGUCGAGGACGCCGGCCGAGACGCUGGUGCAGUUCCGCGAGCACAUGGACGUGGUGCUCGACGACGCCUUCCGGAGGCUGCUCUUCCAGCAGCAGCGCGGGCCGCAGGGUAGUGCCAGCGCGAUAUGUGCUGGCACCCCUGAACUCGAAGACCUUGUGGACAGGGUUGUAAAUCUGUUGGAUCGUGAGAAGGGUCGCGUCCACUAG